AUGAAUAAUUUUAUGAUAAAAUGUGUAUCAAAUGCAGUAUUCAAAUUUAUAGGAGUUAGAAGGUUAGCAAGUUUUGCGGCUCUAUCAAUUGGUCCCAAAAUAGUAGAUCAUACAGUAAAUAAAGUGACAGGAGGUUUAAUACCUGUUCAAGUUGUUAGAUUACUUCGUACCUCUUUAUCUUAUGCUCCAUUGGCUGUUGUAAUGGGUACAAGUGGUGCAACAGGUGGUGUUGCUCCAGUUGCUUCUGCUGUUACCUAUUAUAUUUUAGUUCAAGUUUCGGAAACAUUAUGUAUGUUAUUAGUCAGAGAAGCAACAGGUGCAACAUUUAGAGGGGUAAAAUAUGUAGUAUCGUCAACCUACAAUACAAUUACAGGUAAAGAUAGAAGAGAAGAAAAAAUGGUAGAUAUAGAGUUAGAAAGUUGGGUAUUUUUAGAAAAAGAGGAAAUUCCAGUUGAAGAAUUUUCACCUGAAAAGGUAAAAGAGGUUGAAAACUAUUUUAAUUCAAUAGAAUUAGAUAGAUUAGGUGUAGAUAGUGAAAAUAAUAAUCAUAUGAAUGACAAUAACAAUAACAACAACAUUAUAAAUAAUGGCCAACAAAUUAAUAUAAAUAACAGUUAUUAUCAAGCAAAAGAUCCAAAAGAAAUGGAAGAAAUUUUAACAAAUUUAAAUAACAAUAUAAAACUAGAUAAAUUAGAAAAAACAAAUAUUAGAAGUAGUAAUAAUCUCGAUGAUUUCAUUCUAUUGUAA